AUGGACCAUAUGAGCUUCCAGAUGCCCGGCUCGGGCCCGCCAUUGAUGAAUCAACCCCCCCAGAUCUUUGGCUCCUACGCCCAGGACGGCAUGCCCAACAUGGCGCAUAUGCCCGAUAUGACCGCCCAUAUGUUUUCCGAUGCGCAGCUGCUCAUGGAGGACACAAACGACGCAAAAAGACGCCGCAUCGCCAGGGCAAGCCUGCGACAUACCGACUGCGCCUUUACCCAGGUCGAGAAGAAGCGCAGCCCGCCCAAAGGUGCGAAAUAUAUUGAAGGACUCGAGAACCGCCUCGGUCGCAUGGAACAAUUGCUUCGCCUAUCAGGUGUUUUGAAUGACGACGACCCAGACGCCGAUCUUGGCGCCCUCGAGAAGAAAUUGCAAGAAAAGUCCAGGCAAGCAUCUGUCGCCAUUGGUUCAAACAGCCCGCCCGUAUCCCCUCUGCAAGCCGACAACGCCACCCCUCAGAGCUCACUUGCUUCGCCUGGAAAAGAAACGGCAGAGAAGCGCAAGUCUGGUCUAUCCGCAGAAGACAAGCGAGCGAAGGAGAGCGACGAUGAGGGGCACGAGGAAGUGGAAGCCCUUUCGGAAAUGAUGUGCUCACUCGUGACCAACCAGAGCGGAGAGACUCGCUAUAUUGGAUCAUCCUCUGGGUUUUCCAUCUUUUCGCCCAAGGGCAUCCAAUGGGUAAACACGAGAACAGGUGACGAUUCUUUCCAAGAAAUGAUCUCGGAAGUCUCCGUCGACGACCAUAAGUGGACCAACUGGAAGCCCGAAGUCUUUCGUGACUUAUUCCAGCGCCCUGUUUUCAGACCUCUCCCGCCUAAGCAGGAAGCUCUCUCGCUGCUCACUGAUUACUUCGAAAACUUCAACUGCAUGUUUCCCCUCUUUCACCAGCCGACGUUUAUGCAUCUCGUUGAGCUCCAGUACUCUUCCAAUCCUUACCAGGGGUCCGGAUGGUGGGCUAGUUUGAACUGCGCGUUGGCCAUUGCUCAUCGUCUUCGUGUCAUGAGCAACCUAGUUCCUCAAGAAGAGGACGAAAAGGCGUGGGCCUAUCUCAAGAAUGCCAUGGGCGUCUUUUCCGAACUGACGAUGCGCAACACCGAUCUGCUCUCCGUGCAAGCGCUUCUGGGUAUGGCGCUCUUCAUGCAGGGCACUCCCAACCCGCAACCUUCGUUUCUGCUCAUUGCUGCAGCCAUCCGACUUUCUCACAGCAUAGGUUUACACAAGCGUGGGUCCGGGUUCAACCUUAACCCCAUCGAGAUAGAGCAGCGGAAACGAGUCUUUUGGAUCGCUUAUAUGCUUGAUAAGGACCUCUGUCUGCGAUCUGGCCGACCGCCUGCACAGGACGAUGACGAUAUGAAUGUCGAAUUACCAGAUGCCGACCCGGACGACAACAUCGGAAAUAUCCCCCUCGCCGAUGGAAAGGGAAAGAUGAAUCUGUUCCGCGUCAUGUGCGAAUUUGCCGUUAUCGAAAGCAGCGUGUACAAGCGACUAUACUCGACCAAGGCGACCAAGCAGUCCGAUGGCGAGCUCCUCAACACAAUUGGCGAACUGGACCAACAGCUAGAAGACUGGAAGGAUCGCAUUCCGAUCGAGUUCCGCCCCGAGCACGAAAUCAAGGCUUCCCACACACCCUUGAUUCUGCACGUCGUCAUGCUGCAUUUCGCAUACUACAACUGUCUCACUACAAUCCACCGCAUGUCAGUUCAUCAUGGUUACUGGACGAGCCGCUUGGCCAAUUACGCCAUCCAAGGCCUCAAUGCGCGGCCCUUGAACCCCCGUGUAUUUUCCUCCGCUGCCCUUUCCACUGCUGCAGCGCGAGCAUCGAUCUCUCUUUUGAAAUACGUUCCCCAGGGUGACUUCGCAUGUGUCUGGUUGAUUCUGUACUUUCCGGUCUCCGCCCUGGUGACACUAUUUGGAAACAUUCUUCAAAACCCGCUCGAUGUGCGCGCCAAAAACGAUACGCGACUCAUGGAUUUGGUUGUCACGUUUCUUUCCAUGCUUGGCCAAGAGGCAGAGCAAGGCGGUGUCCAUCGUAUGCUCGGCGUUUGCUCCGAGUUUGUACGCAUCGCCAAGCUGGUGAUUGACAAGGCAGAAAAUGAUCAGACUUUCAGGCGAAAGCGCCGCACGGAUGGCAAGGUUAAAAGCUCCAAGAACCUUGAUACUUCCGAGGUACCCAUCCCAACUACAAUUGAAGAGCUGUCACCCCCUGUCCGCACCCACCGCUCGUCAUCGUGGGGGCCUGUCGCGGCGACAUCUCCGUCCGAGGACCAUAAGUCACCUAGCAACGGCAACCCAAACCACGACGCGCAAGCUCAAGCGCACCAUCAGUACCAGCAGCAGCAACAACAGCAGCAACAGCAGCAGAUCCCGCAAAAUGGUGACUUUGACUCAUUCAACGCCAUGAACGGCUUCCCUGGCGAUCCAUCGGCCAUGUCCAUAGAUGCGCCGUUUCACCAACCGCUGCUGCCGCAGGACCUGUUUGCGCUGCCCAUGACUCUGGACUGGAGCUGGGCCGAGAUGAGCGGUGGCGCAUACCCGUCUGUUGAGAAUGGCAACUUUGGGGAUCCGCCGUCUCGAUGA